AGCCAUGAAAAACCUUUGUUCUCCUGUAAUGGGAAGAUGACCAUGCAGAAUCUCAAUGCCCGCCUGGCCUCUUACCUGGACAAAGUGCGAUUUCUGGAAGAGGAAAAUGCUCAACUCGAAUGCAAAAUAAGAAAGCACUAUGAUCGGCAAGCGCCACUCGGUGAAUCAAAGGAUUACAGCAGUUACUGCCAACAAAUUGAAGACCUUAAGAAACAGCUUAUUUCUGCUACAGUGGACAACAGGAAACUUGGCCUGGACAUCCAUAAUAACCAGUUGACUGCUGAUGACUUCAAAAUGAAGUGUGAGACUGAGUUGAUCUUUCGCCAGGAUGUGGAAGCGGACAUCAAAAGUUUACGUCAAGUCCUGGAUCAGCUGAUCCUUAGAAGGUCUGAUCUUGAGACACAAAUUGAGUCUCUUCAAGAAGAGCGAUGUUGCCUCAAAAAGAGCCAUGCAGAGGAAGUAAAGCUACUGAAAAACAAGACAACUGGGAAUUUUAAUGUUGAAGUCAAUUCUAACCCUGGCUCAGACCUUCAGAAGGUCUUGGAUGAUCUGAGAAGGCAGUAUGAAGCCAUUAUCGAAAGAAACCGCAGAGAAGCUGAGAAGUGGUAUGAAAGUAAGAUGGAGGAAAUAAACCAGCAGGCCAUUAACAGAAGCAAAGAUGCUGAAGAUGACAACAACCAAGUCCUUGACCUGAAACGCCAGCUACGAACUUUGGAAAUUAAUCUGCAGGCUCAACUUAGCCUGAGGGACACACUGCAAGAUUCUUUGGCAGAGACUCAGCGUCAUUAUAACAACUACUUGGUUGAAAUACAGAACCAGAUCUCCUCUAUAGAGCAACAACUGGCAGAGCUGAGGGCAGAAACAGAGUGCCAGAAUCGAGACUACAGAAAGCUCUUGGAUGCCAAGUGUCUCCUGGAACAGGAGAUAAAAACAUAUCACUCUCUGUUAGAAGGAGAACAGCUUGAUCCUAAGCAAACAGAAGAAGAGGAGGUUAAAUCUCCCACACUCACAUGAUUGCAUUUUCUCAAUCUGAUGCAAAAGG